AUGAGGGCUGUUGAGCUUGCUUGUCGCCGCGGGACGGCUUUCAGCCGUUUCGCCGCAAGCCGGUCACCUCGAGCGCGAACCUUUGCGACACCCUCCUUCGACACCUCCAACCCCCGGAUCCCGCCCUACCUGAAGCUCCUGAAGAACUAUGAGCAGGUCAAGGAGGUCUUGGGGCGUGCGACCCCCCUGACCCUGGCCGAGAAGAUCCUCUACAGCCACUUGGACAACGUCGAAGAGUCGCUCCUCACCAACACCGAGGGCGGCCGCAACAUCCGCGGCAAUGCCAACCUCAAGCUGAACCCCGACCGCGUCAACAUGCAGGACGCCUCGGCCCAGAUGGCCCUGCUGCAGUUCAUGACCUGCAACCUGCCCACCACCGCCAUCCCCGCCAGCAUCCACUGCGACCAUCUGAUCGUCGGCGAGCGCGGCGCCAAGGAGGACCUCGAGGCCGGCAUCAAGACGAACCAGGAGGUCUUCAACUUCCUCGAGUCCGCCGGCAAGAAGUACGGCAUCGACUUCUGGCCCCCGGGCGCUGGCAUCAUCCACCAGAGCGUGCUCGAGAACUACGCCGCCCCCGGCCAGAUGAUGCUGGGCACGGACAGCCACUCCCCCAACGCCGGCGGCUUGUGUACGGUCACAAUUGGUGUGGGCGGGGCUGACGCCGUCGAGGCGCUCGUCGGUGCUCCCUGGGAGCUCAAGGCGCCCCGUGUUCUGGGUGUCGAGCUGAAGGGCAAGCUGGACGGCUGGGCCACCCCCAAGGACAUUAUCCUCGCUUUGGCCGGCCAGCUCACCGUCCGGGGAGGCACGGGCUUCAUCAUCGAGUACUUUGGCUCUGGUGUCGAGACCCUCAGCUGUACCGGCAUGGCAACCGUGACCAACAUGGGUGCCGAGGUUGGCGCCACAACUUCCAUCUUCCCCUUCAACGACGCCCAUGUGCGGUACCUGGAGGCCACCCACCGACACGACGUGGCUGCCGAGGCAAAGAAAUACUCGGAUAUCGUCGGCUUGAGGGCUGACGCCGGAGCCAAGUACGACGAGGUCAUCACCAUCGACCUCUCGUCUCUGGAGCCUCACAUCAACGGCCCCUUCACGCCCGACCUGUCAACGGCGCUCUCCAAGUUCAAGGAGACGGUCAGGGAGCAGGAAUGGCCCGAGAACCUGUCCGCGGGUUUGAUCGGCAGCUGCACCAACAGCUCCUACGAGGACAUGACCAGAGUUGAGAGCAUGGUCAAGGAAGCAAUGGAGGCCGGGCUUAAGCCUGCCUCAAGUUUCUACAUUACCCCCGGCAGUGAUCAGAUCAGAGAGACUCUGGCCCGUGAUGGUCCUCUUGAGACGUUCAAGGCGGCUGGCGGCACCGUUCUGUCGAAUGCCUGCGGACCCUGCAUUGGACAGUGGAAGCGCCAGGAUGACGUGAAGAAGGGCGAAAGCAAUGCCAUCCUGACGUCGUACAACCGAAACUUCAAGGGCCGCAACGACGGGAACCCUGGCACCAUGAAUUUCCUCGCCUCGCCCGAGAUCGUUACUGCCAUGGCCUUCGCCGGUACCACGACUUUCAACCCCAUGACCGACUCGAUCAAGACUCCAUCUGGAAAAGACUUCCGCUUCACGCCUCCGUCCGGUCUCGAGAUUCCCUCGCAACCUUUCGCCUCUGCACGCCCGGAAUUCCGCGCUGUCUCGUCGACGCCGGAUGCUUCUGUGCAGGUGGCUGUGGCCCCGACCUCGGAGCGACUUGCUCUGCUGGAACCCUUUGAGCCCUUCCCGUCGUCUGACCUAUCUGGGCUGCGCGUCCUUGUCAAGGUCACUGGCAAGUGUACCACUGACACCAUCUCGGCCGCUGGACCUUGGUUGAAGUACAAGGGCCACUUGCCCAACAUUAGCACCAACACCUUGAACACUGCUACGAAUGCUGAGACUGGCGAGGUCAAUGCGGCUUACGAUAUGGAUGGCUCCAAACACACCAUUCCAGAGCUGGGCCAGAGGUGGAAGGAGGCCAACCAGCCCUGGCUCGUGGUUGCUGAGCACAACUAUGGUGAGGGUAGUGCUCGCGAGCAUGCUGCCCUGCAACCACGAUAUCUCGGCGCGCGCAUCGUGCUCACCAAGAGCUUUGCGCGCAUCCACGAAACAAACCUGAAGAAGCAGGGUGUUGUGCCGUUGACAUUUGCAAACGAGGCUGAUUACGAUAAGAUCGGUGCAUGCGACGAGGUCGCGACCGAGGGAUUGUACGAUAUGCUGAAGAAUGGCGGAAAGGGUGAGGUGGUGUUGCGUGUGAAGAAGAACAAGACGGGCGAGGAGGUUCUCAUCAAGACCAAGCACCAGGUCAGCGAGGAUCAGGCAAAGUUCAUAUUGGCCGGAAGUGCACUGAACAUGCUGAGCCAACGGUAG